AUGGGAGAUACGCCUGACCAGGAGAUGUUGGACGUGAAGUCGGCCGGUGACGGUGAGCUGCAGGUCGGGCCGGGGGUUCCAGCAAGUAGAUGUAGCCCAGCGAUUGGCAACCUGGGAAUCUGUGAUGCUGCAGCAAAUCAGGAAGCACCAGUGAAGGACGUCGAAAUGGCGGAGGAUCAACCUCCAGCUGGACUGUCGUACACCAUUGACGAUCAAAGGUCGUCGUUCACUGAAUUCAUAAAGGAUCUACGUGUCAUCCUCGCUGAUCACCAAGACCGUGAGGAUAUCUGUGAUCGCCACGUGGACCCAAAUAUCUCGAGUAGCGAAAACACCCACUGCUCCCGAGCCGCGUGCUGA